ACUCAGCCGCCUGGAAGGAAUUAGUCAGCAGCAGCAACAGAGAGACUUUUGGCCACUUCUCUGUGCUCUGUGAGAGCCGGAUGCUUGCAUGAGCAAACUAUAGAAGUACUUAUCUACAUGCCACUUUUAAAAACAAGCAAACUAAUUAUUCUGAUUCCUACAGAGUCAUUGCUGGAAAAGUUUUUUUUUUAAAUUUACUAAAUGAUUUGGUGGCAUUUUUGUAACUUGUAAGAACUUUAAAAAAAUGAAUGAAACUUCCAGAAGUUGAUGGAGAAAUAUAUUUAUUGAUUUUUCAUAGUUAAUUCUUUAUUUAUACUUUUUUUACAUGAGUGAUGCCGAAGAUGACUGGCGUUGAUGUUUGUACACAUGAGAAGCGUGCGUUGUGUAGUUUAUGACUGCAAACAGACUGUUAGAAACUAGUGAGGACAAGCAGUCUGGGAUUUUCUUUUUUUUUCUCUUCUUCUUCUUGAGCACCCUCCUCAGCCAAUUUACAGGAACGUGCUUAAAAAAAAUAUCAUUUUUAAUGAGGACCAAUGUCAGCGGAUUGAUGAGAUUCACCACCACACAAGUGUCCUCUAAAACGCUGUCGAGAAUUUUUCUCCCUGUGGAUCGGCACCAGAGCUGCCGGAGCUGACCGCAUCCUCCCUCAAGGACCAACGAGAGGACCACAGCUGCUUCAAGAUGAAGUGUCAGAGAGUCCUCACCUACCUUCGGAUAUUUGGCACCACCAUGUUCGGCGUGUCCCUCCUGGUGGGCAUCUCCACGGCCUACAUCAUGGGCUACCAGUUCUUCCAAACAGCUCGCAAUCACCUAUCCUUCGGCCUCUAUGGCGUCAUCUUAGUCAUCCACCUCAUCAUCCAGAGCCUCUUUGCGCUCUUAGAACACCGAAACAUGCGGCGGUCCUUGGAGACGCCGAUCAAACUGAACAAGUCCUUGGCGUUGUGCAUUGCGGCGUAUCAAGAGGACCCAAACUACCUGAGGAAAUGCCUGGUGUCGGUGAAGAGACUGACGUACCCGGGUAUCAAGGUGAUCAUGGUGAUCGACGGGAACAAGGACGAUGACUUGUACAUGAUGGAUAUUUUCAAAGAGACCAUGGGACGGGACAAAUCGGCCACGUACGUGUGGAGGAGUAACUUUCACAGCCGGGAGCCCGGCGAGACGGACGAGGCUUACGCAGAGAGCCUUCAGCAGGUCACCAGGACGGUCCUCAACAACAAGUGUGUGUGCAUCAUGCAGAAGUGGGGAGGGAAGAGAGAGGUCAUGUACACCGCCUUCAAAGCACUGGGACGAAGCAUGGACUACGUGCAAGUGUGUGACUCUGACACCAUGUUGGACCCGGCAUCAUCGGUGGAGAUGGUGAAGGUCCUUGAGGAAGAUCCUAUGGUGGGAGGCGUUGGAGGAGAUGUACAGAUUCUAAACAAAUACGAGUCCUGGAUCUCCUUCCUGAGCAGUGUACGGUACUGGAUGGCCUUCAACAUAGAGCGGGCCUGCCAGUCCUACUUUGGCUGUGUGCAAUGCAUCAGCGGGCCUCUAGGAAUGUACCGGAACUCCCUCCUGCACGAGUUCAUCGAGGACUGGUACAAUCAGACCUUCAUGGGAUCCCACUGCAGCUUUGGGGAUGACCGCCAUCUCACUAACAGGGUGCUGAGCCUCGGGUACGCAACAAAAUACACUGCUCGGUCCAAGUGCCUCACUGAGACGCCAGUCACAUACCUGCGGUGGCUCAAUCAACAAACUCGAUGGAGCAAGUCGUAUUUCAGAGAAUGGCUCUACAACUCGAUGUGGUUUCACAAGCACCAUCUGUGGAUGACUUACGAGGCCGUGAUCACUGGCUUCUUCCCGUUCUUCCUCAUUGCCACUGCGAUCCAACUCUUUUACCAAGGAAGGCUCUGGAAUAUUUUAUUGUUUCUGCUGAUUGUGCAGGCAGUGGCACUGAUCAAGGCCUCGUUUGCUAGCUGCCUUAGAGGUAACAUUGUCAUGGUUUUCAUGUCGUUCUACUCCGUACUUUACAUGUCGAGCCUGUUGCCGGCCAAAAUGUUUGCGAUAGCAACAAUCAACAAGUCUGGAUGGGGGACCUCGGGGAGGAAAACGGUGGUGGUGAACUUCAUUGGUCUGAUUCCAAUAUCUGUUUGGUUCACUAUCCUCUUCAUUGGGAUUAUCUAUACAGUAGUCCUGCAGACUAAAAAGCCCUUUCCUGAAUCAGAAAAGAUUGUUCUGGUUAUAGGGGCUGUCGUCUAUGCAAGUUAUUGGGUGAUACUGUUGACUUUGUACACAGUGCUCAUUAAUAAGUGUGGCAAAAGGAAGAAGGAAACACACUAUGACAUGGUGCUGGAUGUAUGAUUUACAGAACCCUCUGUUAUGGUUGUUUGCACUCACACAAUGUUGUUCUACAAAUGUUUUUCAGAUGCAGAGCAGCUCUGGAGGCAAAAUUAGAGCAAAAUCAGAAAAAGAACCAGGGAUUUUCUCAAACUUGAAUGGCAAAUAUAUAAAUGACAGGGGCUGCCUUUCUCUCCCUGUUCAUUCAUGUCAAUAGCAGUCAUGGUCUUGUAACAGCAUGCUAGUUAAUCAGAUUUUUUUAUACAUGUUUAACUGAAGAUCAGCAACUGUAAACUAUGUAGCUAAAGUUGAUAAGUCAAUAUGGCAAGAUCAGAUAAAAACAUAUAUUGCAGUUGGCAGCAAGAGUGCUAGGCUUUGUAACAUUAGCUACCUCUUGCUCCUGUCAUUUUCACUGGUCUAACAUUUGCAACUCAACCAAAGAAACUGUGGAUUUUGUGUUUCCACCCAUUGGGGUUCCACCCAUCGCGGUAAGAGCAUUUUACCUCCAGAGCAACGUUGUGUUUCCCAAAGGUUUGUACCUGAACAUAAAAAUAUCCACUUGUUGUUGGCUCCAGCACGGCAAGCCAAAUAAUAGCGCCACAUACCAUCAAGUUCAAGUCUAAAAUGUCUAGUCUCCUUUGUCGAUGAUUACAUUCAGGACUCUAAAAGGUGCUGAGAUCGGCUAGUGCCAUCACUCCUCAUGAUUUUGUAAUUUGUCUGCCACUAUAGCAUUGAAAGCAGAAAAAGGCACAAGAAGAUAAGAUGCAUUUAGAGAUGCUGCAAAUUCAGAGGUUUUUAGCUUUGAGGGCAAAGCAUUGGGAAGAGCUGAAGUAUACAUUUGCAAAGGAAAAGGGGACUGAAAUAAAAGCAGGUCUCUCUUUCUUUUGUUGCACUCAUAUCAUGUGGGAAGGCAACAUUCGGCAUGAUGUAUAAUCAAUAUCUACGGUAGUGAAAAGGUAUUUCAUGCAGGUUGGACUUACAAUACUUGGUUUGCUGUUUAAAAUUAAACACAGCACUCGCUGGGGGGUUUGUAUGUUGGAUGUGAAAAGGUACAAGAUCCAAUUGUCGCCAAUGAGUCUUGUUGUUAUUCCCAAAUGAUGUGAAUGCAGUAUUGUCCUCAAUGUGUACAAAGGGAAGAACCUCAAACUGCUCCCUGAUUGGUAGAUAUAAUUUCCACCGCAUUAGGAGACAAGGUGAACAGGUGACCAAAAGAGCAACGUGUACUUUUGCUGCUGUGACUAUUUUAUUUUUACAAAAUGGACAACUUUUGUUUUUCUUUGCUUUUUUUGAUUAUAUAUAUAUAUAUAUAUAUAUAUAUAUAUAUAUAUAUAUAUAUGAAUGAUGGUUAUAUUUUGUAAGAUAAAAAACACUUCUAUUGUUAAUGUAUUUCUUUUUACCAAGUUGAAUGAAACUGCCAAUCAGACACGGUGGCCAUGUUCUAAUCCAAAGAUUUAUUGAUUGUUGCAUCCAAUGUGUCUUUGAUUUCUUCCUCCGCUCCCACACAGAAUACAAAAUAGUGUGCCUAGAUCCCUCUACUUCAAUAUAUUCUGUUGAAUAAGCUGCAAAGGAUGAAACAAAUGUGAUAGGAAUACAUUAUUCCCUGAAAAAGAUCAAAUACCCGAUGACAGAAAUGUGAAUAAGGGCACUUGAUGGAAGGGAACAGCAUUUUGGAAGGAAAGUCCAGUGUUUGCUGUAGACCGGGAGCAGAUAUGAGUUUAAUUCUUAUGCACUUUUAUGUUCCUCCCGUGGUCCAAAUACCUCAGUGGCUCUCUUUGCAUCGCAUCAAGGCAUUAGGAUGCUGCCCAAAGACUGACGCAUUCUGAAGGUCUCAAGUAAUUUAUGACCUUUCUGUGUUAUUGGAUAUAGCAGUUCCUCAUUGGGUAAAAGCUGGAUUUCUCCUCCUUGUCAGCCAUUUUCUGUAGCCUUCUUUGUAUGCUUUGUAUGCUUUGUUUGCAUUAUCUUUGUAUUUUCUCUUCACUACCAAAGAUUCUUUAUUUUCACUCAAGAAUGGGAAAAUGUUUUUCGUGUACUUUUAACUGUUCUGACCAUAACUUGUGUAUCUGACCAAACAAUGUGAAAUUAUGAGCUGGGGGUUUGUCUGCAAUAACAACAAUAAAAUGCAAUUUGUAGAGAGAUAAGUUAUUGAUUUCAAGAGAAGUAAUGUGCCUGUGUUUUUCUUUUUACUUCGAGAGAAGACCAACAUAUUUAUGUGUGAUAAUUCUCUGGUUUAUAGGAUUCUCUUAUUAGGACAAUUCCUACGAUUCCAUUAGCGCCUACACUGCAAAAACAGUAAAAACAUUUUACUAUACAUCAAAUGUAAAUAGUUGCUAGGCUUCACAUUCUUUGCAGUGUAGAAACGAAAUCUUCUAAGUCUCUGUGUUCAGCCCCUAAUACAAAAAAACCCCUUUAGCCAAAGCACACUGACAUCCAGUCAGCAACUGACAAGUUGCACAAAAUAGAGUUUUCUACAAAUUAUGUAUUGUAAAGUUGUGAAGUGCCUUGAGGGAGCAAUUACAAAAAUAUUGUUGACAUCGUACUACACCCAAUAAGGAGACGUUUUAACCCGAGCUUGAGACAAACACUUGAACCAUGAGUUGUCCUCAUUGACUAAUC